CCAAAAAAAAAAAAAGAAGUCUAGAAGAUAUAUUCCAUUCUUCCAACUCAUAUUCCAUCCUCUCAAACAACCAUUCCUUCUUAAUAUUUUCAUGGCUGCAGAACCCUCCUCAUCAGCAAGUUCCUCAUCAUCUUCAGACCUAAGAAUCAUAGUUGAAAGAAACCCUUCUGAAUCUCGCUUAUCCCAACUGGACAUCAAGUGCUGGCCCAAAUGGGGUUGCUCGCCGGGGAAGUACCAGCUGAAGUUUGAUGCAGAGGAGACGUGUUAUUUGUUGAAGGGAAGAGUGAAGGCGUAUUAUCCAAAAGGGUCGUCGGAAUAUGUCGAGUUUGGAGCUGGAGAUCUUGUCACCAUCCCAAAGGGACUCACCUGCACUUGGGAUGUUUCUCUUGCUGUUGAUAAACACUACAAAUUCGAAUCUUCUUUUUCUGCUUCUUCUUCUUCUUCUUCUUAAUUAUUAUUAUCAUCAUUAAUCCAUAAUUAUUGUCUUCUUUUGCUCAUAAUUUAUUCAUAUUGAUUAUUGUCUUCUUUUGCUCAUAAUUUAUUCAUAUUUUUCGAUAUUUUAUUAUUUUAUUAUUUUAUUUUUCUAGGGUUAGUGAAUUUAGUGAGAGAUGGAUAUCUUGUAGUAGUGGCCUAAAGAAGGAGAACAAUUAGUCAAUGCAUGUCCCAUUGGAACUAAUCCUCUUUACGUA